AAUAAUACAUCCUAACGCCUUUUCCAGCCGGACCAUAGACGUGACGGACUUCCGUUGUUUCUUUUACUUGCUGGAUUACGAUGGCUUUCCCAGAGUUUAUUUAGGCAUAAUUAAAUUCAAAAUAAUCAAUUUUAAAACGCCGAGCACAUCCGAAGUUGAUGGCCGGCCUUCAUCCUUCCCUCCCGGAUGCACUCGCCUCGCUUCUCUGCUCAUUGCUUCCCUGCGGCUUCGCCGUGGGGCCCUCGCGGCUCUGUGAGGGCAGACUGGGGCUGUGGUGGGUCGGCCGCUCGCUGGAGGCGGGAUCCCUGCUGGGGGGGGAGGGGAACACCGAGUGGGCAUCCAAGCAUCACGCUGACCCGAUGACUCACAGCCCAGACGAUGAACUCACCACGAACUCUGAGUCCAAGACAGGCCGGACCAGCAGCGCAGAGGCACAGAAGCUGCUGAUGGAGAUAGCAGCAAAUGAAGAUGCUUCACUACAGAGCACCGUCUGGAUCAAAUUUGCCUGCCAGGCGCACAGCAGAGCCCAGCAGAACGUGGCCGUGCAGUGUACCUGCGGGGAGGUGUGUGUGGGCGAGUGUGUGGAUGUGUGUCUGCGAGUGUUUCAGGACGUCCAGCCAGGAGCAGAGCUGCUGCUGUACGAAGACACUGUGGGGAAACUUCACACACCUGAAAACCUCGACGCACCGGGCGAGACCAGUGGACGGACAGAUGGCACAGAAGAGACUGCGGCUACAAACAUGUCAAUCAGUGAAGAAAAGGACGAGGAGACGAUGGACAACCAGGAGAGAACACAGGAGGAAGAACAGCACAGGAAACCACGCAGGUGCAUCAGGAGGAGUCACGCGACCACAAACCCAAGGAAGAGGAGAACUGAGAAGCUGUCGGACUGUCGCACCGACAGAACGACCGACGCAUCCAGUCCUGACGACGCAGCAGCAGGUGAACACACGGAGAACACAGGUGACGUCGCAGGUGAUUCUGCGCCUCCUCCCGUCCGCUGCAGCUCCCGCCUGGCUGCUAAACCACGACGAGUUCACCGUCUGAGCAGCCGGGUGAAGCGAUCCCCCACUGGGCCCGACCCGCCCUCACAGCCCGACGGUCAGAGCGCCACCGAGGCCGCCGAGUCGGCCGCAGAGAAUGUCACGGUGAAGACGACGCAACCUGACGCCGAGGCUGCAGCGGCGGCUCACACCUGGAGUCCAGAGGCCAGAGAGAGGCGGUACAGAUGUUCCAGCUGUGGUAAAAAGUUCUUCCAGAUCGGACACUUAAAGAAACACCAGUUCAGCCACACGGAGGAGAAACCCUUCAGCUGCCCAGAGUGCGGGAAGAGCUACACCUCUGCAGAGAGCUUCAGAGCCCAUCAGAUGAAUCACCGCGGGGAGCGUCCCUUCUCCUGUCCUCACUGUGAGAAGACCUACGGCCUGAAGCGGGACCUGAAGGAGCACAUGGUCCUGCACACCGGAGAGAAACCGUACGUCUGCGAGCACUGUGGCAAGGCCUUCGCACGCCGCCCCUCCCUACGCAUCCACCGCCUGCUUCACUGCAGCAGGAUGAUCUACACGCAGCCGCCGAGGGUGCAGUGUACAGUCUGCUCCAAGCUGCUGGCUAACUCCGGCUCUCUGAGGAACCACAUGAAGCUCCACACGGGGGAAAAACCUCACAUAUGUCAGCACUGCGGGAAGUGCUUCAGUCAGAAAGGGAACCUCGAGUGCCAUCUGAGGAUCCACAACGGAGAGAAGCCGUAUCCCUGCGCCGAGUGUGACCAGACUUUCUCCCAGAAACCGGAGCUCCGUCGCCACAUGUUUUCCCACACAGGAGGAGGUUUCCUGUGCAGCUACUGUGGAAAAUCGCUGAGGGACCCACACAGUCUGAAGUCCCACGAGAGGCUGCACACUGGAGAGAGGCCUCAUCGCUGCCCCGUCUGUGGAAAAGGCUACACUUUGGCGACGAAGCUGAGGAGACACAUGAAGUCGUCUCACGUGAUGGAGAAGCCGUUCAGCUGCCACUGCGGCGCCGCCUACACCGUCAGGCAAAGUCUGCUGAGGCACCAAGCUCAGCACAGGACUGAGGGAGGAGCUCAAGAGGAGGAGAAGACGGGGGAGUCAGAGGGAGGAGGAGGAGGGGAGACGAACUGCAACAGGAAAGAAUACGUGCAGGAGUUCGACGCCGUUCACGUGAAGCCGGUCAGAGGCCGACCCAAGAAGAUCUCCACCCCUCAGGGAGAAGGAGAGAAGGAGGCGGGCCAAGUGAAGCAGAGGAGGAGACGAGGGGAGGGGGAGGGAAGGAGGGCGAGGAGAGACGGGAGAGGAGGCGACAGGGAGGCUCCGGGUGACAUCCAGCACACCGUCGUCUACGUCCACACAGACGACCUGUCCUCGCCGAGCUCCGCCCCCCUGCUCCUCGCCUCGGAGAGCUCGCUGAACGUGGGGGCGGGGGAGGGGCUGGUGGAGGUGGUGAUCUCAGAGGGCGCAGAGCAGUGCAUUGUGGUCCACGGGGAGCAGACGGUAGGAGAGCUGCUGAUCUUACAGGAGGAGGGGAACGGACUCUGCUCGGUGGCUCAGACUGUGGAGAUAAACACAGUGUAGCCCGACGUCCUGCUGCUGUUUCGUUAACUUACCGACGUGUUUCUGUUAAACCCACCUUCCCUUCAACCUGCCUCGUCUACAUCCUCCUCAGUUAAUUAUCAUCUGCAGAUCCCUGAUUGCCUUUUGAACAACCUCCGCAGAACAGACGGAACUCAUCAGACGUAAUUAGCUGCUGGAGGGGAGAAACGAUACGGAGAGCGACUGUAACGUCUCCCAGCCGACAGCCAGAGAAGAAAAAAUCACACAUUUCACCACCCGACUUCCAGAAAUGUAUUUUUGGAAUCAUUUGCAAACACGAACAGUUUUGUCCUUUAUACGACCAUGUGUUUCCAAUCAUGAUCCGAUCACCUGUUUACCUGUGGAAUGAUCCAGACGGGUGUUUUUGGAUCAUUCCACAACUUUCACAGUCUUUUUGUUGCUCCUGUCACAAUUUGAAACUUGUCCAGAAUCAGCAUAUAUUUUGCAAAAACUGAUAAAGUUGAGGAGGUAAAACAUUAAAUAUAUUGUGACUGUUUCCAGACACGAUCGGCAGAUUAUCAUGUUUUGUUUUGUUUACGCGUUGGAAUCCAUUUUUUUUCCCCCUCGAGCGUCUUCAGAGGUUUUUUUUUUGUUGUGACUGCUGAACAUCAGUUCUCUGUUUGAUUCUGACAUUUACUGUUGAUGCUGAGGAUAAAACAAACACUUAAGCUGUCAGCGUCUGUUGAAGUUGUACUUGAAAUAUCUGACCAUGACAGGAAGUUUACUGGAAUUCAACAAAAUAAAACAGCACAAAACAUCCAGAAAA